AUGCGUAUGGACAACUGGCGUCAGGGCUUUAAGCGAGCCGUGGUGCGGGCUGGACCUCUUGAGGGAGCGCGUUUCCUGGACGUCACGGACGAGUGGCUCGCUCGCGCUGCACGCCAGUACAGUGAGGACAAGCGGUUUGAGAAGUUCGCACGUAUGGCCACGGGCUCAGAGCCUGCCCCAGGCACGCCAGCGCCUGCUUCGGCGCGGGUAGUGGCGCAACCCCUUGUGCGACCUUGCCGGGUGGCUCGCGCGGGCGUGGCGCGCAGCACUCCAGUUCAGGUGCGUUUCAUGCGUUGGGCGGGUGACCGGCUUCACGCAUUGCCCCGCCUUGCCAAGUUGUGCUUGCUGUUGAGCUGCGUGUUGCUCCUCGCCAAGCCCCUGGCCAUGACAGUUCUGGCACGGUUGCUCGGCGCAGUGGCCCGCCUGGUGUUCAGGCGUGUCUUGCACCUUGUUGGCUUCGUCGUUGAGCAGCUGUUGGAAGAGCUGCUGCAGCAAGCCAGUGAUGCAGUCACCGUCCCGUUUUCACCUGGACAGCACCAGUGUCCCGCCCAGCUGUCCUGGCCACUGCUUACGCAGGUCCUUCUCACCGCGACUAGCUCCCUCGCCGGAGCUUUUGUCCACUGCUUGUACAUUCGAUUGACUAGGCGUGUGAUUCGCCUUGCUUAG